AUGCCGCGCGACACCGCGGAGAAGAAAGGCUUCAAAGCCGCCAUGGGCACGUCGGCGCUGAAGGCGCAGCAGGAGUCUGUGAAGCGAAGCAAGCGCAGCAAGUUCACGCCGGCUUCGCAGCACUCCAAGGGCAACCCAAUCCAUCGUGAGCUGAAGUACCACGAACGGAAGUUGCUCAAAAAGCACGACUUUAUGCAGUACCCGCAAGACAACUGGCACGAGCCGUUCUGCAUCGCCAAGUACCACCUCGAGGACCGCGAGGACUACCGCCGCUACAUGCGUCUCGUCGGCUUAAUUCGCCAGCUGCAGACACAACUUCGCUACCUGCCGGCGGACAGCAAGAUUCGCAUUCAAAUUACGCAGCAGCUGAUGGAGAAGAUGUACAACAUGGGACUUAUUCAGGAGAAGCUGGGCCUUUCGGAGGUGGACAAGGUGGGUGUGGAAGCGUUCUGCAAGCGCCGCCUGCCCACCAUUCUCCGUGACUUGAAGAUGGCCGGCAACUGCAAGUUAGGGGCGGACAUCGUCCAUCACGGGCACGUCCGCGUUGGCACCACGCAGAUCCGCGAUCCCGCUUUCUUGGUGCCGCGGGGGCUGGUGGAUUUCGUUACGUGGAUGCCUGGUAGCAAGAUUCGCCAGCAUGUUGACACGUUCAACGCGAAGCGCGAUGAUUAUGAUUAUUAG